AUGACCGGCGCUGCACCCCUUGACCCGAUUAACCUAAAUGGUGCCGCUGAUCGGGGAAAGAAAGUGGCAUACUUCUAUGAUUCGGACGUCGGUAACUAUGCCUACGUCUCAGGGCAUCCCAUGAAGCCACACCGUAUACGAAUGGCCCACAGCCUGGUGAUGAACUAUGGACUGUACAAAAAGAUGGAGAUUUAUCGUGCCAAACCAGCCUCCAAGUACGAAAUGACCCAAUUCCACACAGACGAAUAUAUCGACUUCUUAUCGAAAGUUACGCCAGAUAAUAUGGAGCAAUAUGCAAAGGAACAGAGCAAGUACAACGUUGGAGACGAUUGUCCAGUGUUCGAUGGGUUGUUUGAGUUUUGCGGAAUCAGCGCUGGAGGUAGUAUGGAAGGCGCAGCCCGUUUGAAUCGCAACAAAUGUGACAUUGCAGUCAACUGGGCAGGUGGUCUUCACCACGCGAAGAAGAGUGAGGCGAGUGGUUUCUGUUAUGUGAACGAUAUCGUCCUUGGUAUCCUCGAGCUUCUCCGAUUCAAGCAGCGCGUUUUAUACAUUGAUAUCGAUGUCCACCAUGGUGAUGGUGUUGAGGAAGCUUUCUAUACUACAGAUCGCGUCAUGACCGUUUCUUUCCACAAAUAUGGCGAGUACUUCCCCGGUACUGGUGAGCUUCGCGAUAUUGGUGUCGGAUCAGGCAAAUAUUAUGCAGUUAAUUUCCCUCUCCGUGAUGGAAUUGACGACGUUUCUUACAAAAGCAUUUUCGAGCCGGUCAUUAGCAAUGUUAUGGAAUGGUACCGACCUGAAGCCGUUGUUCUUCAGUGCGGUGGAGAUAGUUUGUCUGGCGAUCGUCUUGGUUGCUUCAAUCUCAGUAUGAGAGGCCACGCAAACUGUGUCAACUUUGUGAAGAGUUUCAAUUUGCCCACUUUGGUUUUGGGAGGUGGUGGCUACACUAUGCGCAACGUAGCCCGUACCUGGGCCUUUGAGACCGGCAUUCUCUUGAACGAACAACUCGAUUCGCAAUUGCCCUACAAUGACUACUACGAGUACUUCUCGCCAGACUACGAACUGGACGUGCGACCAUCUAAUAUGGAUAAUGCUAAUACCAAGGAAUAUCUCGACAAAAUCCGCAAUCAAGUCAUCGAGAACCUCAGACGCACCGGCUUUGCGCCAUCUGUACAAAUGACUGACGUUCCUCGCGAUCCACUUAUAGAGGGUUUGGACGACGAGGCAGACGCAAUUAUGGAUGACCUCGACGAAGAUGAGAAUAAAGACAAGCGAUACACACAACGUCGCUUCGACCAAUACGUUGAAAAGCCUGGCGAGCUUAGUGACAGCGAAGACGAAGAAGUACUUGCUGCCAACGGUGUUCGUCGACAGCCUGGGGCGACCCGACGACGAAAUCAAGUCAGUCAUCGCAAUCUUGAUGCUGCGGACUCUGGCUUGGAAAGCGGCAUUGCAACGCCCAGAGAAGCUUCUGCAGUGCCUGACCAAGACGAAGAAAUGAUUGAUUCCGUGAUCGAGAAGCCUCAGACAUCAGCACCAGAAACUGGAGCAGAAACGCAACAAUCUGCCUCCGACGCAGAAACAGGCACAAAGAUUGAAGAGAAGCUAGCUGCAGAAGCGAAGAACACGACUCGGGAGCCUUCUACGCGUGCCGAGUCACCGGCAUCAGCUCUGAGCGAUGUACAUUCAGAUAUCGAAAUGGAAGAUGCCAAUGCGACAGUAGCAGAAGCAGAAGCAGCUCCAUCAGAAGAAACCGUUGGGCAGCAGAAAACGCCACCAGCAUCCCCACCUACUGCCGUUGCUGCACCAGAGACCGAAUCGGCUGCGCCAUCUCUGGCAGUUGCUGAUUAUACCAAGCCUGAAGAACCUGAAACAAAACAGGAAGAGAAAACUACUGAUGAGUCCAGGCCGGAAGAAAAGGCUACAGCUGAAGAAUCUACAAAAACCGAGGCAGAUUCGGAAAAGCAGGCUGAUGGCGAAGCUAAAGAACCUGAGAAAACUGAAUCAUAG